AUGGAGAAGGCAGCCGGCGUGCUCUGCGCCCUCCUCCUCCUCGCCGCAUUGUGCUGCCAGAGCCCGGCUCAGAGAGCCCCGGCCGUGCCAGACAAGUGCUGCUUCAACUUCCAGAUGAGAAGGAUCAAGAGAGACAAUGUGGUUGCCUGCUACCCCACCAGCCCUGAGUGCCCGCACCAGGCUGUGAUCUUCAAGGUGAAGAGCGGGAAGGAGAUCUGCGCUCAGGCAAGCAGGGCCUGGGUGAAGAGGUACCAGCAGAACUUCCAAGUCAGCUCCUUCUCCAUCCCCAGCUAG